UUCGUUCGCUUUGUGUAUGUUUGUCAUAAUAAAUGGGCAUUCUAAUGAAUUGAGUGGCCCCACGUUCAGAGUGGCGGCCACUGCAAAUCAUAAAACCUUACCGGCCUUACCUUUAACACAACUCAUGGAAAGUAUAUUACACGAAGCUCAUAAUCCUACGCAACACAGUACUGGAGUGGACCCUCGUGUUGAUAGUGUAGAUAGUGUAGAUACAAAUCUACUAGUAUAAAAAGAACAAGUCAGAGAGCAAAGUACAAAGGCUCAGCCACAACUCAGCAGUGUAGGUGCAGAGAUCGACAGUCAGGCCACAGUACCACAAGUACUACCAAUUAGACACCAAUCAGACACACGUGCGAAAACUACACAGUUCAGGCGCAGCUGAGUGAUAAGAGGUGAAUCAAAUUAUCCAGUCUGAUAAAGAAAUGCGGCCAAGACCACUUGCGAACGAUACUAAGCAGCAAUCAAUGGUCUGGCCUCAGGACUAUCCAACAGCAACUCAAUCAGCACAACUACAGAUUACAUGCAAAAAUUUAGCUAUUACCACGCAAGCGAAGAAACUUCCAUCAAACACGAGGAUUUUGAGAGUGCUGGUGAUGGUCUGUGGAGUAUAACGCCCAGAUCCAAUCAUGCAAUAGUAGCACUCGUGUCUGGGGACCAGUACGCACGCUUAGCUGUUUCGUUGGUGGCUGGUUUGCGUAGAGUGAACACGUGUGCGGGAAUGGAUAUCGUGAUGCUGUUAUCGGCUGGUGGACUUGGCAGUGAUGAGUGUAACGCAAACAAGGGUUACACGGACAAACAGGGGUUGGUGCAUGAGUGUGGUAGUCUGCACCCGGUGCAUCCGUCGCAGAUCAUUUCCACAGUUUAUAUCACCGCACUCCAGCGCAUGGGCGUGCGAUUUCAGUUCAGCCCGCGAGUCGAAGCACCGAUGAGCACACUCAAACAAACGGUUUGGUGGGGCUUGGCAUUUAACAAGGUGAACGUAUUUGGCAUGCACCAGUAUGAGAAGGUAGUACUCCUGGACACUGAUACGAUGGUUUUGAAGAAUUUGGACCAUUUGACUUUCUAUCCCAUGUUUACGGCAUCUACUAAUCAAGGGUGCUGUGUAGCAUCUGAGGGCACGCACAUGUCUGCGCGCUAUGGGUUGUCGAACCAAGCAAAGCAUUCCAUCAUAACGUUAAGGUCUUAA